CCAAAAUCCCAUCAGAGAUCACAAACUGUACACGCAGUACACACACAAAGAGACAGCAAUCCCACCUUCCACAAAUCCUCUGUUUUGCCGACUUAAACUCCAGUCCAAGGGCCGCCCAUCCUCUCAUUUGCUACCACCAACCAUCCCUUUUUUCAAAAUUUCCGAUUAAUCAGUGGAUAAUUCUUUUUCAUGUGUUAACAGUAGAGGGAAGAGCGGAGGAGGGUUUAUAUGGUGUUGAAGAUGGCAGCAGUAUUACCAGGAGUUAGUGCUGGUCCUAUUAAUAACGCUAACAACAAUGAAGCUUGGAGAGCCCAUCUGGCAUUGGCUUUGGUUCAGGUCUUCAAUGGAGGGUACCAUGUGAUUACUAAAGUAGCUCUUAAUGUGGGAAUCAAUCAGAUCGUUUUCUGUGUGUUUAGAGACCUUCUUGGUCUCUGUAUACUCGCCCCAGUCGCCUAUGUUCGUGAAAAAAGAGUUAGACCUCCUUUGAACAAACGUUUACUACUGUCAUUCUUUUUCCUUGGAUUGACCGGGAUUUUUGGGAAUCAACUUUUGUUUCUUAUUGGCCUUGGAUACACUAAUCCAACAUAUGCAGCAGCUAUCCAGCCUGCUAUUCCAGUCUUCACAUUUAUAUUAGCUGUCAUGAUGGGUACAGAAACGGUGAAUUUGCUUAGAACUGAAGGUCAAGCUAAGGUUGGUGGCACUAUUGUUUGUGUUUCUGGUGCCAUUGUAAUGGCUAUGUUCCGUGGCCCUGUUGUUUUUGGAUCUAAGGAAUCAGAGUUUACAGUACAAAAUGAAAUUAGUGCCAAAGGCCAACCAGAGCCUGUUGGUUGGCUGAUGUCCAGUUUUUUGGACUAUGGGAUUGACCACUGGCAUUUGGGUGUUCUGUGCUUGAUUGGAAAUUGUAUGUGCAUGGCAGCUUUCCUGGCCAUUCAGGCUCCAGUUUUGGCAAGAUAUCCUGCAAGCAUUUCAGUUACGGCAUUUUCCUAUGCAUUUGGUGCUUUCUUCAUGGUUGUAACAGCAUUCUUUACAACAAGUGAAUCAACGGAUUGGCAUUUGACGCAGUCUGAGAUUUUUGCAGUAUGCUAUGCAGGAGUUGUUGCAUCUGCCAUUAACUACGGACUCUUGACAUGGUCCAAUAAAGUUCUUGGUCCUUCUUUGGUUGCUCUCUACAAUCCGCUUCAGCCAGCUGCAUCAGCAUUCCUGUCAAGAAUUUUCCUUGGGAGUCCUAUUUAUUUGGGAAGCAUUUUGGGAGGAUUUUUGAUUAUAGCUGGGCUUUAUGUGGUCACUUGGGCAUCCUAUAGAGAAAAACAUGGAGCCAUAGGCACAAGUCCUCACACUUCUCGAUCAGAACCUCUCAUUCCUUACCAGAUAGGAAACAUUUUCAGAGGGCCUUCCACCUCAAUUCCAAAGAUUGUGGAUUGAUCUACACAGGAUAUACAGAGCUGUCAUUUAGAUUGUUCCGUAGUGUACCAGCCAUAUUAUUCAUCAAGCUUUACGAAAGUUCUCUUAUACAAGUUCUUGAUGCAGGAAGCCUUUGUUGCAGAUUUUUAUCUUCAAUAUCAUCAUUAUCAUGUCUGUUUUCGGUUAUGAGGAGGGGCCAGAGGCCCCUUAACAGGGAAUUAACCUGGGAGAUUGUAAUGUCUUUUCAUUUGGUCAAUUUGUUUGCCUUAUUUGCAGAAGGUAA